GACACAGACCGACUGUAAGUAUGACUGACUUCAUGAGUUCUCUUCUCUGGCACAUUAGUACUACUGUACUGUACUAGUAGUAGUCAUAUUCACCGGUGACAAGUGGCGACAACAUCAGCGGAGAAAUCAUUAGCGAGAGGCGGCGAAAUUCCAAACUUCUCUGCGACUCACAAUUUGUAAUUCUCCGAAUCUCAGGAUUGUUGUGUUGUGCUCAUUCAUGGCCAUGGAAACCUUGAGAGAAAAGGUUAUGGUGUGGUGUUACUGGAAUGGUUCUAUCAAGUAUGCUCCUGAUGGCGUAUUCUUUGAAGGAUCCACUCCUAAGAAGAUCAAAGUUAGGCGAAAGACUGCGUUAACUACAUUGUUGAAUGGGCUUUAUCCAAUUUUUGGAUUAGAUAAGCAGAAAUCAGAGUUCAAAAUCUUCGGUAGGUACCCUGUAGCUGCUUCACCGGAUCUGUUUACGUAUCUUCUUCUUCCUGUGGUGAACGACUCUAGUUUGGAUUCUAUGCUUGAUGUUCCAACCAAUCAUCCUUCUAUUAAAAUUGUGAAGUUGUAUUUGGAAGUGAGAUCCACAUCUGAUGAUGCUGCUUGUUCAUCUCUACUGGAUAAUCCCGCUAGUUCCUCGAAAAGACAGAGGAUCCAACAACUCCCUGAAGCCACUGGUUAUGUUUCACUUCCAUCUGUUAAAGUAGAGGGGUAUAAUGGGAUAGAGGUUCAGGGACUGGAUAACAGCAACGGGUGGAUUGAAGAUGAGGAGAAUUCUGACUUUGGAAACGGUAGCACUCAUGGAGGUGGAGACGGAGACAUGACGGAUAAAAACUCGGGUUCAGAUGAUGUGGUUAAUUUGACAGCGAGUAUUGACAAUGCACACAAUGAUUUGAAUGUGCCAGGCUUAGAGCCAUCGACAAAUCCAUGCUUAGGUGUCGUCGAUUCGAGUGCUUCAAAACCGUUGUCAUUGUCCAGUUUGUGGGUCGAUGAUCAUGAAUUGCGUGUGGGAUUGUGUUUUAAAGAUAGGGAUGAGCUGAAGAAGGUGGUGGACUGGUGUUCCAUUAGAGGGCAGCAAAAGUGUGUAGUAAAAGAGAUUAAGAAGGAUGAGUAUAUGUUCAAAUGCAUCAGAUGGAAAUGCAAUUGGUCUCUUGGUGCAGCUAGAAUAGAAGAACAUGGACUUGUUGAGAUAACAAAGUGUAGUGGUCCACAUACUUGCUGUUAUAUUAAGCCAGAGAGUUUCAACUUGGAAUUUGCAGUAGAAGAGAUUGAAAGUCUGAUCAGGGUACAACCCACACUAACAAUUGCAGAGUUGAAAAAUUGGUGGUUUGACAAAUUUGGCGACAUGCUUAAAACUUCAGAGCUGCGGGCAGCAAAACAGGAAGUAAUCAAAAAGGUAUUUGGAGACUGGGAUCAGAGUUUCAGAGUAUUACCCAAAUUAAUGGCUGCGUUUCACUCAUCUAAUGGGCUACUUGUUGACUGGCAAUACGAACUUUUUCCUAAUCCUGAAUUUGCAUCCUUCAGUGGCGUGUUUUGGGCGUUUCCACAGUCCAUUGAAGGGUUUCGACACUGUAGACCUCUGAUCAUAGUGGAUUCCAAAGACUUGAAUGGUACGUAUCCUAUGAAGUUGAUGAUUGCCUCAGGACUCGACGCUGAUGAUUGCUUUUUCCCGCUUGCAUUUGCGCUUACCAAAGAAGUAUGCACUGAUACUUGGCGUUGGUUUCUCGCUGGAAUCCGAGAGAAGGUAACACAAAGGAAAGGCCUUUGCCUCAUCUCCAGUCCCCACCCGGGCAUAGUUGCUGUUAUUAACGAACCAGGGUCACUGUGGCAAGAACCGUGGGCUUAUCACAGGUUCUGUCUGGAUCGGUUUUGCUUACAAUUCCAUGAUAUUUUUCGAGACUACAACCUGGACGAUCUUGUGAAGCAAGCUGGAUCUACAAGUCAGAAGGAAGAAUUUGAUUCCUACAUGAAGGAAAUUGAAAAGAAGAACUCAGAAGCUCGCAAAUGGUUAGACCAAUUCCCUCAAGAUCAGUGGGCUCUGGCUCAUGACGGUGGUAGGAGAUACGGUGUCAUGACGGUAGAAACAGAAGACUUGUUUGCAAUUUGUGAAAACUUUGACUCUCUUGGUCUGUCUNGAUUAUAA